AUGUCCAGAGACCAGAAGUCCUCCUCGCCGCCCGUCUUGCCAUGCUCCAGCCUCCAGAAGAAGGCGAAAAACUCUCUGCAAAGCAGUGUCCAGGCAGUUGAAGAUCAGGUAAAGAUAUGUGGCCACAAGAGGGAUGCUGAUGUCUUCGAGCUGUUCCUCUCUAAAAAGGAACUGACAGAGGUUGUUGAUCUUUCUAGAUUUAGAAAUUUAAAAUAUUUAUGGCUCCACCAUAAUAAGCUGCAUGGGAUAGCAUUUUUGACUAGAAACUAUUGUCUGACAGAACUGUAUCUAAACAACAACGCAAUAUUUGACAUAGAAGGCCUGCAUAACCUGCCUUCCUUGCAUGUUCUCCUGUUACACCACAACGAGCUAACAAACACUGAGGCUACCGUGAAGGAGCUGAAGGGAAUGCAGAACCUGAAGACCCUAACUCUGUAUCAAAACCCUUUAUCGCAGUAUAACCUCUACCGUCUGACUAUCAUCUACCACCUUCCGGGAGUGGAGCUGCUCGACUGGAAGAAAGUUACAGAGAAGGAGAAAAGAUCCAAGAUCACCAUUUUUAACCUUAAAAAGGCUCAUAUCAUUCAAUCGAUAGCAUUCGGAGGAAAAGUGGAUGUUUCUUGGAACCCCAAAUCAACAAUAAGGCAAAAGCGAGUGUCAAGACUCCAUUCAGAUUUUGCAUUUGGGGAUAAUGUUGACAAGACUGUGUUUGAUGACCCAGAAGACGCUGUGUUUGUAAGAUCCAUGAAGAGGUCUUUGAUGGCCAUCACUUCCAUGAACUGGGACACCGUUCCCACACGAGAGGAAGAGUAUGAAGAGACGAAAAUGAUGGACUCAGCCCAGAUGAUGAUACUAUCCCUAAGAUAA